AUGAUUACUGUUCGUUGUUUAUUGGCUCUGGCAGCUGCUCAGGAUUGGUCCCUUCACCAAUUAGAUGUCAACAAUGCUUUCCUUCAUGGUGAUCUCCAUGAAGAAAUUUAUAUGUCUCCACCUCCUGGUCUUCAGCGACAGGGGGAGAACUUGGUGUGUCGCCUCAACAAGUCGUUGUAUGGUUUAAAGCAAGCUUCUCGUCAAUGGUUUGCCAAGUUCUCAACAGCUGUUCAAGUUGCCGGAUAUGUUCAGUCCAAAGCGGACUACUCGUUAUUCACAUGUCGGAAUGGAAAGUCCUUUACCGCUCUGUUGAUAUAUGUUGACGAUAUUCUUAUUACGGGUAAUGAUCUCAAGGCUAUAUCCACUCUUAAGCAAUUUUUUCAUAGUCGUUUCCGAAUUAAAGAUUUGGGGGAUUUGAAAUAUUUUCUGGGCAUUGAAGAUGGUGGAAUUUUGGGUGCUAAACCUAUGAACUUUCCCAUGGAGCAAAACAUAAAGCUCUCUGAUACAGGUGAAUUGCUUAGAGAUCCAUCUCAAUAUAGGCGACUUGUGGGACGCCUAAUUUAUUUAACUAUUACUCGGCCCGAUAUCAUGUAUUCGGUACAUGUAUUAAGCCGAUUCAUGCAUGCACCACGUAGACCACAUAUGGAAGCUGCCUUGCGUGUGUUGCGUUAUUUGAAAAGUGCUCCAGGACAGGGAUCUUCACUUGUUUCUUGGCGAACAAAGAGGCAGAAAACAGUGUCACUCUCUUUAGCAGAAGCCGAAUAUAGAGCCAUGACAGCCUUACAUAUAGCAGCCAAUCCCGUUUUCCAUGAGAGAACCAGGCAUAUAGAAAUGGACUGCCACUUUAUUCGGGACAAAAUACAGGAUGGUUCGAUUGUAACCAAGUUUGUUACUUCGGCAAAUCAACUUGCGGAUGCUAAGGAGGAGGGGAAAUGGGUUGCUGGAGAGAGGGAGAGACAGAGAGGGAGAGCUGAGAGAGAGAGGGAGAGCUUAAAGAUAAACUCACGUACCUUCGGGAAUGAUUCACCUCCUCCAUUCCAGCCAUACGACUAUUUGGAAUAG